ACUCAGUCCAGACCCCUUCCCCCCCGCCUGGGGUCAGGGCUGGACAGGGAGGAGAAGCGAGCUCCUUGCAAGACGAGUUGGGGACGAGAUAGCUAGUGACCCUGGCCUUGGCUGACCCGAAAGAGGCCUGGAGACAUCUGUCCUCAAAGGAUUGUCCACUUCCGGUGACUCCCUGCUGCUGAUAAUAGGGCCCAUGUUUCCCAGAAGGCCCGAGGUUAUCCCAAGACUGCUUCUCUCCCUUCACCUCCCAUGGCUUCAUUCCUGAAGAGCCUGUGAUCACUUAGGGUCAGAAAUAGACGGAUGAGCAGCAGCUGCUCAGGGCUGACCAGGGUCCUGGUGGCCGUGGCUACAGCCCUGGUGUCUUCCUCCUCCCCCUGCCCCCAAGCUUGGGGUCCUCCAGGGGUCCAGUAUGGACAACCUGGCAGGCCCGUGAUGCUGUGCUGCCCCGGAGUGAGUGCUGGGACUCCAGUGUCCUGGUUUCGGGAUGGAGAUUCAAGGCUGCUCCAGGGACCUGACUCUGGGUUAGGACACAGACUGGUCUUGGCCCAGGUGGACAGCCCUGAUGAAGGCACUUAUGUCUGCCAGACCCUGGAUGGUGUAUCAGGGGGCAUGGUGACCCUGAAGCUGGGCUUUCCCCCAGCACGUCCUGAAGUCUCUUGCCAAGCGGUAGACUAUGAAAACUUCUCCUGUACUUGGAGUCCAGGCCAGGUCAGCGGUUUGCCCACCCGCUACCUUACUUCCUACAGGAAGAAGACGCUGCCAGGAGCUGAGAGUCAGAGGGAAAGUCCAUCCACCGGGCCUUGGCCGUGUCCACAGGACCCUCUGGAGGCCUCCCGAUGUGUGGUCCAUGGGGCAGAGUUCUGGAGUGAGUACCGGAUCAAUGUGACCGAGGUGAACCCACUGGGUGCCAGCACGUGCCUACUGGAUGUGAGAUUACAGAGCAUCUUGCGUCCCGAUCCACCCCAAGGACUGCGGGUGGAAUCCGUACCUGGUUACCCAAGACGCCUGCAUGCCAGCUGGACAUACCCUGCCUCCUGGCGUCGCCAACCCCACUUUCUGCUCAAGUUCCGGUUGCAAUACCGACCAGCACAGCAUCCAGCCUGGUCCACGGUGGAGCCCAUUGGCUUGGAGGAAGUGAUAACAGAUACUGUGGCUGGGCUGCCCCACGCGGUACGAGUCAGUGCCAGGGACUUUCUGGAUGCUGGCACCUGGAGCGCCUGGAGCCCAGAGGCCUGGGGUACUCCUAGCACUGGUCUCCUGCAGGAUGAGAUACCUGAUUGGAGCCAGGGACAUGGACAGCAGCUAGAGGCAGUAGUAGCUCAGGAGGACAGCCUGGCUCCUGCAAGGCCUUCCUUGCAGCCAGACCCAAGGCCACUUGAUCACAGGGAUCCCUUGGAGCAAGUAGCUGUGUUAGCAUCUCUGGGAAUCUUCUCUUGCCUUGGCCUGGCUGUUGGAGCCCUGGCACUGGGGCUCUGGCUGAGGCUGAGACGGAGUGGGAAGGAAGGACCGCAAAAACCUGGGCUCUUGGCACCCAUGAUCCCGGUGGAAAAGCUUCCAGGAAUUCCAAACCUGCAGAGGACCCCAGAGAACUUCAGCUGAUUUCAUCUGUAACCCGGUCAGACUUGGGUGGUUAAAAGGACAGGCAGAAAGAGGCGGGGCAGUGGAUCCCUGUGGAUGGAGGUCUCAGCUGGAAGUCUGAGCUCUUUUCUUUGACACCUAUACUCCAAACUUGCUGCCGGCUGAAGGCUGUCUGGACUUCUGAUGUCCUGAGGUGGAAGUCCACCUGAGGAAUGUGUACAGAAGUCUGUGUUCCUGUGAUCGUGUGUGUAUGUGAGACAGGGAGCAAAAGUUCUCUGCAUGUGUGUACACAUGAUUGGAGAGUGUGUGCGGUCUUGGGCUUGGCCCUUCUGGGGAGUGUGAAGAGUUGAAAUAAAAGAGACGGAAGUUUUUGGA